ACAAAAGACUGGAGAUAAACAUGUGUUUAUUAUAAAUUACCUGAAAAUAUUGCAAAUGUGCACCAUUAAAACUGUCAAAAAAAAAGAUAACCAGAAAUGCCUAGAAUUAAAUCGGAGAAUCACUCCUUACUUUCACUUUUCGGAUUGAGCCCUUGAACGCACCAGUCGUGCUUCCCUCUGCGUCUACUGCGCAUGCUCAGCACCAGACACAGGCUCGCAGCACCGUUAUCCGGGCCAACUGUCACUCACCGUCCAUCCCAUCCAGCCGCGUUUCUCAGGGAGACUCCAGUCUUCAACCUCAGAUUAUUUUUUAUACUCUUUACCGCGUGGAAGAAGAUAAAAAGCAUAAUUUUCAAAUAACUCGCUACAAGAAGAAGACGCAAGAUGAAGCUGGGUGCCGGCUGCAUGUGGCGUCUGCUGCUCCUGUCCUUGCUGGCUGCAGCGUUUGUGGCGGCCCACGAGAAGCUGUCGGAAGACCUGUCGGACGAUGGGGACGACAUGGGCUUAGACGAGGAGGAGCUGAGAGCUCUGAUGGGGGAGGAAGAGGACGAGGCAACUGUGAUCGACGAGGAAGAGUCCGACGAGAAGCAUGAGAAGGAACCAGGGGAGGCCGGAACCGACCCCAACGUGUCCUUCCAGGUGACUUACAAGACUCCCGUUCCCACCGGAGAGGUGUACUUCGCUGAGACGUUUGAUGACGGAUCCCUGGACAGAUGGCAGCUGUCUAAAACCAUGAAGGAAGACGCCGAUGAAGAGAUCGCCAAAUACGACGGAAAGUGGGCUGUGGAGCAGCUGAAGGAGAACAAGGUUCCAGGAGAUCUGGGUCUGGUGCUCAAGUCCAGAGCCAAACACCACGCCAUCGCCGCCCUGCUGGACAAACCCUUCGUCUUCCAGGACGAGCCUCUGGUUGUCCAGUAUGAGGUGAACUUCCAGGACGGCAUCGACUGUGGUGGAGCGUACAUCAAGCUGCUCUCAGACACUGACGGUCUCAAUCUGGAGCAGUUUCACGACCGCACUCCUUACACCAUCAUGUUCGGGCCCGAUAAAUGUGGCGAGGAUUACAAACUGCACUUCAUCUUCCGGCACAAGAAUCCUUUGAACAAGGACAUGGAGGAGAAGCACGCCAAGCGGGCCGACGUGGACCUGAAGAAGUUCUACACCGACAAGAAAACUCAUCUCUACACUCUGGUUCUGAACCCGGACAACAGCUACGAGAUGUUCAUCGAUCAGUCGAGCGUGAGCCGCGGCAGCCUGCUGCAGGACGUGGUGCCUCCCGUCAACCCGCCAAAGGAGAUCGACGACCCGCACGACUCCAAGCCGGACGACUGGGACGAGAGGGCCAAGAUCCCCGACCCAGAGGCGGAAAAACCCGACAACUGGGAUGAGGAUGCGCCCGCAAAGAUCGAGGACCCGGAUGCCGUGAAGCCAGAAGGCUGGCUGGACGAUGAGCUGGAGUUUGUGGCCGACCCGAACGCAGAGAAACCAGAGGACUGGGACGAGGAGAUGGACGGAGAAUGGGAGGCGCCGCAGAUUCCCAACCCGGCCUGCGAGACGGCUCCGGGCUGCGGGGAGUGGAAACGCCCCAUGAUCAACAACCCGCAGUACAAGGGCAAAUGGAAGGCUCCUCUGGUGGACAACUCCAACUACCAGGGGGUUUGGAAGCCUCGUAAGAUCCAGAAUCCCGACUACUUUGAGGACCUGCAGCCCUUCAGGAUGACGCCGUUCAAAGCUCUGGGCCUGGAGCUGUGGUCCAUGACCUCUGACAUCUACUUCGACAACUUCAUCAUCACCUCUGAGAAGGAAGUGGCCGACCGCUGGGCCUCUGACAGCUGGGGGCUGAAGAAGCUGGUGGCCAGUGCUAACGAGCCGGGGAUCUUGGCUCAGCUGAUGAUGGCGGCGGAGGAGCGCCCGUGGCUCUGGGUGAUCUACAUCCUGACCGUGGGGCUGCCCAUCGGACUGACCGUGCUCUUCUGCUGGCCAAAGAAAGUGGAGGAUGAAUAUGUGUACAAAAAGACGGAUCUUCCUCGUGCCGACUUGGAAGAGGAGGAAGAGGACGAAGAGGAGGCAGCAGCAGCAGAAGAUGAAGACAAAGCAGCGGAGGCUGCAGACGAAGCAGCAGCUGCAGCGACAGAAGAGGGAGAGAUGGAGGACAACGAGGAGGGAGAAGACAAUCUGGAGGGGGACGACGAAGGAGAAGAGGAGGAGGAGGAAAAAGAGGAGGAAAACAAAUCUCCAGAGAGAACAUUAGAAGAAGAAGAUGGGCUGAAGGAGGAGGCUGACGCUCCAGAAGAAAGCCACAAACAAGUGAGGAAGAGGAGGGUACGGAAAGACUGAGGAGGUCCAGUCUGUGUCUGCCGUCUCCCUCCACCCCCCCGAUCGACGGGGAGGAGGUGGAGGGCGCUCCUCUGUAGCUGCUCCCUCCUCCUGAGAGGAGCAGCCUGCAUUUCCUUCAACCCAGCCUGCAGCGACCCGGCCGCCCCGUCCACGCCUCCUUCCUCCUCCCAGGUUUGCAGAAUCCCUCUCCUGACAGGUCUAGAGGAAGCGGCGCGUUCCGUCUGCUCCAGAUUACACUCCGUACGUCAGAAACCUGGAGUUCUUGUCAUGGCUGUCAUCACUUAGACACUCCUCUCCCAGAAGUCCAUUUACCGUCACGCUGCUGUUUGUUUCCAUGGUUUGACUGAGAGGAAACUUCAUGGAUGUUCUUCCACCACAGAGAAACAGUUUCCUUCAUCAAUACCAGUCGAUCAUGUUUUAGGUAGAACUGUCGUCUUUAGGUGCCGGACUUCUGCUUCCACUGUGAGGAGUCUCCUCCUCCUCACUCUUUGUAAAUGUAGAAGUUUUAGUUCAAACGCUCGUCUUCCACCUUCUCCGUCCGCCUCUCUGUCGUCGUCUGUGUCGUAACGGCGGCGGUCUGUCCGCUCACCCCCCCCAGCAGAUCAUGGGCUGCAGAUCAGACUUUAUCCUGGCAUCCUCGUUCUGAAGAACAUAUCCAAGGACGCCGUUUGAUAAAAGUUUUGAGAACGGGAAGGAAGCCGAGCUGAGAGGCGUCAGCAGAGAAAUGAAGGUCGUUUUAGUUUGUUACGUACGGAGGCCAGACACGGCCUGCCCUACUUUUUCUUUUUUUUAUUGUUUUCUCGUUAUAACGAGAUCAACUAUCUCAUUAUAACGAGAAAAAGAACUUUUGUUUCCUCAUUAUAACGAGUUAUUAUCUCGUUUUAUCACAAGAAAACGAUAAAAACAAAAUAAUAAACAGGGCAGGGUGUUUUAAUCUUCCGUAGUAACGACUGUUGAUUCUCUUGUUGUUUUUUUAACCCCAUUAAUUUAUUGCUUUUUAUAUUCUGUCUCAUGUCCGACUGACUUUAGCUGAUUUGACUUUUGCAUGUUAGACUAAAACUGACGUCGUUGCUUUUGCUCGCUGCAAAAGUCGGUACUUUUCUUGCCUUGACCGUCAGUUUUCCUGCAUCUUUGUGACUUAAACGUUGGGAGACGUCUCACUGAGAACACAGGAGCUGGAGUCCAGAUCCUCUCUUUGAUGGGGGGGGGCUGAUGCUGAAUCUGUUUGUUGUCUCGAGCUUUUGUAGUUGUCGUCAGACGCCGACAGAUCUCCCCGUUUACAUUUGUUUGCUACUUGUACAUUUGCUCUUGGAAAUAAACUUAUUUAAUACAAAACA